AUGGACGCCCCUGUCGUCUUCAAGAAGCGCUCAGCCAAGGCCAACCCGCGCAAAGUCGCACCGCCGCCGCGCUCGCCCUCCGCACUGUCAGAGUCAGACUCGGGCUCCGAACGUGGGGACGGACGCAGCGUCAAGCGCCGUAAGACCGGCGCCAUCGUCAACGCUUCCUCGGCCACCCAGAAGUCCAAGUUCGAAGUCGAAGGUGCCACAAAGUACGCCGCGGACACCUCUGCUACCAUCGCCGAUUCCAACGACGCCACCAAGCAAUCCAAUUGGUAUGACGAGAAUGGGGAUGACGCCUUGACUUCCAAAAACUUGCUAGGUAAAACGCGUGCGAGGACCGAUGAUGAUCCCGGCACCGAUGGCACCUACAAGGGACACAAGAGCUACUCCAGCUUCAUCCAGAAGAACCCAGACGGCCCCAAGGUCGGCCCGGUCAAGCCUACUAACACCAACGUACGCAUGGUCACUCAGAUUGAUUAUGCCCCAGACGUGUGCAAGGACUACAAGCAGACUGGCUUUUGCGGUUUCGGAGACUCCUGCAAGUUCCUGCAUGCGCGCGAGGACUAUGCGGCGGGCUGGAAGCUGGACCGAGAGUGGGAGAUAAACACCAAGGGCAAGAAGACGACGGGCACAGUGAUGGCAUCAGCCAACCGGGAUUCCAAAGCCGACGACGACGAGAAUGAGGAAGAAGCUAAGAUGCUGGAGAAGAUCCCGUUCGCCUGCAUCAUCUGCAAGAAGCCCUACACACAGCCUAUAAUCACAAAUUGCGGCCACUACUUCUGCGAGAAGUGUGCACUGCAGAGGUUCAGGAAGAAUCCCAGUUGUGCAGCUUGCGGCGCGGGUACUGGAGGGAGGUUCAAUGAGGCCAAAAAUCUCAAAAAGCUGUUGGAGAAGAAACGGGAUAGGGACAACAAGAAGAAAGAGAAACUCAGAGAGGAGGGUCAGGAAGUCAGUGACGAUGAGGGCAAGGACUGA